UUUCUUACAACUACAAAUUGGGGUACAUUUUUUCUUUUUGAUUGAGAGAGCUUAAACUGAUUUAUACUGAUUUUGAUCUACACAUUUGGAGUUUUGUUGAAAUAGCUCACUUUGUUGUUAAUUGUAUUGUAUAUAUAUGGGCUGCCACUAAAUUGCAGGAAACUGGAGGAAGUUUAAAUUCUUAGAGUUUCAUUGGGAUUAAGAUAAUGGGCGAGUUAGAUUUGAAGCUGUUUGGUGAUGCAUUAACCAGUCAGUUUGCCCAGAUUUGUGGCCUUUUUGAUGCGAAUGUCAGAGAUGCAUAUUGGCAUCCUUUCAAAAUUACUCUUGUUAAUGGCAAACACCAGGAAUUGAUCAACGAGGAGGAGGAUGAAUUGUUGAAAGGUUUGAAGAACGGAAAGGGUGUGGAAUCAUAUUUUGCAGUUGUUCAUGCUCUUAUGGAGCUCAAUGAAUAUAACCCAUGCGGUAGAUUUCCAGUUCCAGAACUUUGACUUUAAGGAGAACAUGAGAGCUACUGCAAAGGAAGGAGUUGCAGCUCUUCCUUGUCACUUGGGAAAGUAUCA